AAGCGUAAAUGCUAAAGCGUUUGACACGGCAAGAUGGUCGGAGUUGGGAAAGUCCCGAGUUUUUCUCGUUUUUAAUUCCACUUUCGUUUUUGGCUGCUGAGUAAUUGUCGAGUUUAGGUCUGUGUUAUAAAUAUACGAUUUAAAAACUCACCCCAAACGCUAUAACCCUAAUAAUACAGCAUUCACAUACAAAAAUGACAACUUUGGAAAUUCGCCCAGAAGCGAAAAAGCAGGUCGAUGAUUUCUGUGAGAAACGCAACAAAGAGGCUGAGUCCCUGCGGGCUCUCACCUUCCCCAGGAAGAUUGCCGAGUUGGACAGCUUCUUAAAGGAGGGGGCGCUGAAUGUGCAGGACCUGAGCUCCCUCAGGGCAGAGCUGGACAUUCCCAUCCCUGACCCGGCCAAAGAGGAACUGAAGAAGAAGAAGAAGCAGGAGCAGGAAGAGGCGAAAGAAGGAUGGAAAGAGGAGGAUAAAGAUGAUGAAGAUAAAGGCCCCCCCUGUGGUCCUGUCUCCUCGAACCCGCACAUCCAGUCUCUGCUCCUCAGACUCAAGCCGCACAUCCAGUCUGUGAAGGAGGCCGUCAACUCCGUCAGCCUGUGGGUUCAGCUCCAGAUCCCCAGAAUUGAGGACGGGAACAACUUUGGAGUGGCAGUGCAGGAGAAAGUGUUUGAACUGAUGACUGGGACUCGAACCAAGAUCGAAGGAUUUCAGACUCAGAUCGCAAAGUAUUUCUUAGAGAGAGGGGACGCAGUGGCGAAGGCUUCCAAGCAGCCCCACGUGGGAGAUUACAGGCAGCUGGUUCAUGAACUGGAUCAGAACCAGUACAGUGAGAUCCGGAUCAUGGUUCUGGAGAUCCGGAACAUCUACGCUGUCCUGUACGACGUAAUCUACAAGAAUUUCGACAAGAUCAAAAAGCCCAAAGGGGACUCAAAGGCUUUGAUCUACUGAGAGGGAGAGACAGACACACACACAGAGACAGACAGACAGACAGACAGACCGACCGCCCGGGUCUUUUCUCUGUUGUGAAUAUCUCUCUCACACAUUUACAUUGAUCACAUUUACUGUAUUGAAUGCUGUCUCAACACAAUAAAAAUAAAAGCAACUAUUGCAUUUGAAAA